UUAUAAUCCAAUCUCUACCCAGAGUUAACGUUCCUUACACUCACCGACUCUACUUUCGCUUUCUCUCAUUCUCAGAGCUUUAGGCCUAUUGAUGAAUGAAAAUUUGCCAUAAUUCUAUUUAUUGAGGAUCUCGUUGUCUCUGCUGAUUACCCUAAUCAAGACAAUAAUGGCUGGGGACCAAUGGAAAGAUGCUAUCAGGAGGAAUUACUCGUUCUUUAAAAAUAACAUCGCAGAUCCCCUCGACGUUGUGGAAUAUUUGUACGGAGAAACAGAUCCUCCUAUACUCAAUGAAAAUCUUAAGGAUCAAAUAAAGGUAGAAGGCACCACAUCAAAGAAAGUUGGGAAAAUGCUGGACAUUUUGAUGCGGCGUGGUCCAAGAGUGCCCCAGUUUUUGUACCAGGCAUUUGUGGAAACAGAGAAUCCUGAUUGUGCUGAAAAAUUAGCCCCAUACCUGUUACUGCAGGAGAAAGAGGCCCUGAAAAAGGACCCUUCAGAGUGGCCUCCACCUAAGAAGGAGCAUAGAGCAAUGGAAAAAGAACCUGUAACCUAUCUACGACCUAAUGACCCCUGUUGUUGCCUACAGUAUAACAACACAGAUGAGGUGUAUAGCUUGAGGAAAGAAUGUCGAGGUGUGGUGUUCAUCAUCAAUAACAUGCAAUUUAAUGGCAAGAUGUCUAUUAGACAUGGAACAAUGUCCGAUAGAAACAAUUUAAAAGAAUUAUUCCAAGCUUUGCACUUUGAAGUCAUUGUAGAAAACGAUUUGACUAAACAGGAGAUAGAGGAUAAAACCCGCUUAAUAAGUCAAAGUGACAAAGUAAAGGACAGUGAUUGUUUCAUUUUUAUUAUUCUGACCCACGGUGGUGAUGAAGGAGUAUUUGGUGUUGAUGAAAAAUCAGUUUCCGUGUCCACACUCACAGAAAUGUUUGAGCCCAACAACUGUCCAGGACUUAACGAAAAACCAAAAAUUUUCUUAAUUCAGGCAUGCCGUGGUGAGAAAAAAGAAAUGGUAGACCCUGUCGGUGGCUCUGGAAAUGUGGACCCUGUCGGUGGCUCUGGAAAGAGUCAUGCAGAUGGUGAUGGAAGGAAAGAACAUGUAGAUACUGUUGAUGGUCCAAAUGUAAAAUCUGAACCCAACAUUUCUGCCACUAAAACAGUUCACUCCAAGUCCGACUUCCUCAUUGCUUACUCCACACCAGAGGGUUCUCUGUCCUGGAGGAAGACAGAUGCAGGAUCCUGGUUUAUACAGGCCAUUGUCUGGAUCUUUAAAUAUGAAGCUCAUCUCAAAGAUCUGGUGGAAAUGCUGGGAAAGGUGAAUAAUCUAGUCAGCAAGGGGCAUGCUGAUCAUGGUGGAACCCACUACGUGACAAUAUCCAAUUAUCAAUCAUCACUCAGAAAAAAACUGUACUUCUUCCCAGGAAUAUACGGAGAGAAAAGAGUGCAUCCAAACAUUCGUUGAAUUCGUACUGACAAUUUUUCAGUAAAAUAAAUUUUUCAACGUAUAAUCAACUGAUUACAUAAUUUUUUUAAUUAUGGGUAGAAUACAUUAAGAGAAUAUUUAGGUUAAGGGGGUAUAAACAAUAUGAACAUAGGGUAAGUCAUGGGCCAAUUGUGCAAAAAUUACCCCACCCAUUGUUUUUAUCUUAUAUUUAUGUUUUGAUUAUUACUAAUAAAACAAAGAGAAAUUGUAUGUAUAUAUAAAUAUUGAAUAAAUUUUGACAUGUCCUAGA